UGAGAAUUUUCCCUGAAAAUUCCAGGGGUCUUCUAUUUCGAAUCGCACCCGAAAUCAAAGAAAACAAAGACGGAUUUUUGAAUUCUUCUUGAAUCAAUCUCAGUGAGCAUCACCCUAUUUCUUGCGCGAUUUGAAAGAGACCCAAAAAAAAAAAAAAUCAUGGCGUCAUUGGGAUCUUCGUUCUGGUGCUACAGAUGCAACCGCAUCGUUAGAGUUCCGAUCGUGGCGGAACAAGACCCCAUACUUCUCUGUCCCGAUUGCUCUUCCGGUUUCCUCGAAGAAAUCAGAAACCCUACCCACUCCAACUCCCACCGAUUCGAUACCGUCACCGACGACGCCGCCUCUCACUCCGACCACGGCGGAAGCAGAAGCCCAACAUUCCGCCGGCGUUCUGCUCGCGGCGGUGACCGUUCGCCUUUCAACCCUGUAAUCGUCCUUCGCGGCGGAAACGAUGUCGUUUCGGCAGAGAGGCGUAACUUUGAGCUCUACUACAACGACGCCGGUUCAGGAUCCGGUCUUCGACCAUUACCGGCUAGCGUGACGGAGUUUUUAAUGGGUUCAGGGUUCGACCAUCUUCUGGACCAGUUGGCUCAGUUAGAAGGAACCCCGGUCCGGUUCGACCGGCCACCACCCCCUGCAGCAUCAAAAGCCGCAAUUGAAUCGAUGCCGGUUAUUAAAAUCGUUCAUAGUCAUGUCUAUGCUGAAUUGCAAUGUGCCGUUUGCAUGGAACCUUUUGAAUUGAACUGUGACGCACGUGAGAUGCCGUGUGGCCACGUGUACCAUUCCGAUUGCAUCGUGCCGUGGCUGUCGGUGCGGAACUCGUGCCCGGUGUGCCGGCACGAGCUCCCCUCCACGGCAGCCGCGACAACCGCCGAGGUGGGUGAUGGGGGUGCAGGGGAUGAUGCUGUGGGGUUGACCAUAUGGAGGCUACCUGGGGGUGGGUUUGCUGUGGGGAGGUUCAUUGGAGGCAGGGAACUUCCUGUUGUGUACACUGAGAUGGAUGGUGGUGGGUUUAAUGGUGUUGGUGUUGGUGGUGGUGGUGGUGGUGGUGCUCCUAGGAGGAUUUCUUGGGAUUCUAGUGUUGGAAGAUCAAGGGAGAGUAGGGGAUUGGGGGGUGCAUUGCGUAAUCUUUUGUCAUAUUUUGGGAGGGUUAGGAGUUCUUUCACUCGUUCUUCAAGUAGGAAUUCAAGGGUGAGUGCAAGAUCACGUGCUAGGUUGUACCACAGUUCUCUCUAGAUUCUCAAGGAGGAGCUGGUAGUCCUGGUCAAUUGUGGGGAAUUACAACUGGUGAAGUUUGAACUUUCAAUUUUUAGUUUGAUUGUUUUUAUUUUUUUGGGUGGGGGGGUUUAGGAGAAUUGCAAUUUUUGUCAUGUUUUUAUUAUUUUUGUUAAGUAUUCGUUUGGGAUUAUAGUUCUGCACUUUUCUGUAUCAAGUGAGGAAGCCACUUAAAAAGAAUGUAAGGUUUCUCACAUACUGUAAGUAACUACACCUGAUAAACGGCUCUGGAAUUGCUGAAUGACACUUUUGAAAGUUGAGGAUUUUGUAUAUCUGUAUGUGAUAAGGUUUCGUUAGAAUGGAAGAC